UUGUCGAGGUCCAAGAACUUCGACACUUAAAUCCUCUGUCCACUACACAACCGAAAUGCAACAUAAAGGUGGAAAUGACUGAAGACAAACCUUUGGUCUAACCAAAAAUGCCAAAAAUCCAGAAAAACUGGUCCCAUAGACGCAAAAAGAAGAAAAUUGAAGAAACGUGGUUGACCAAAGAUGUUAAAAGAACGAGGCGACGGUCUAGAAUUUCGUUUACCGCGAGAAGAUACAGAAAGACUAUUCGGGGUAGAAAUAUUUCGAAAAUCUUGACAACAAAAAAGGGAUCUCUUGAUAAUCCUCUUGAAGGUGGAGAUUUCUCCACCAAGCAACAAUGUGAAGUCGAACCUCGCGACUCUAUCAUCCACGUCGUGGAGCCUGACGACGACGAUGACGACUACGAACCGGACGAUGAAGACGAAGAUAAAUCCCACUCGUCUCAGGCGCGCAGUCCUCACACUAUAGUCAUGGCGCAAUACAACGCGUUGCACAUGCCAUACGGAGGCGGCGAAUAUUCUGAGUCGGAAAAUGAAGAUUUUGGUGCACAGAGUGACGAUAGCGUUGAAGACCGAAAGUACAUAGAUUCGGGUCUCAGACCUUUGAAAGCUGGAGAGUCGAGACUGUUUUUGCACAAAAUUAAACAUGAUGCGAAGAAAACCACCCCCAAGACGUACGAUGGAGUGCUGCCACUUCUGAAGAAAAUAUCGUCUAGUGUGUUUAGAAAGGAGAAGGAGCCUGAAAAAGAGGAGUUGGAAGAAGAGCAACCGAGUGAAGUUGCGUCAAAAGCGUCUAGCGUGAUUGAAGACACAGACGAGGACAGAACUGAAGAAACGGAAAAUGAGAGGGAGGAAACGGAAGAAGAGAUAGUAGAAGAAGUGUUAGAACCAGAAGAAGAAGAAGUGGAACCAGAAGAAAUCGCUUCGACAAUCACGUCACACCCAUCUGGGUUAAUCGACACGCGACCUUUGUUGAAGUUCGAUGAACCAGAGGACGUGAAAGACGAACCAGAAUCAAGUGUCCCGUCUCGAACGACAAUUUUUGACAAACGUGACACUUGUCGAGGUCCAAGAAUUUUGACAAUUUAAAUCCUCUGUCCACUACACAACAGAAAUGCAACAUAAACGUGGAAAUGACUGAAGACAAACCUUUGGUCUAACCAAAAAUGCC